AUGAAAGGACAGUAUGAAGAACCGAACAAACUCCUAACAGGAGGAGACUCAAUCAUGGCCUAUGAGACAGAGGAUCAUGAGACUCAAUAUUGCUUUCCUGCCAUCAACUCAUCAUGUAUCAAGGGAAAACGCUCCAGACAUGAAUACUAUAUGAUGUAUAUGUUUUUUUCAUUGUUGUCAGCAUGGACUGUGUUCCUGAAUCUGCUGGUGAUCAUCUCCAUCUCUCACUUCAAGAAGCUUCACACUCCAACCAACCUGCUCAUUGUCUCUCUUGCUGUGGCUGACAUGCUUGUCGGAAUUGUUAUACUCAUAGAGGCCACAAAACUGAUUGACACAUGCUGGUAUUUUGGAGACACUUCCUGUGGAAUCUAUUCAAUAUUUGUUACAGUGCUUGUCUCAGGAUCUCUUGGUAAUUUAGUUUUAAUUGCUGUUGAUCGUUAUGUGGCUGUGUGUCACCCUUUACUAUACCCACAAAAGAUAACAACAACUAAAACAUUAUUGACCAUCUGUCUCUGCUGGUUUUACUCUUCAGCUUAUUCCACUUGCUUUGUAAUUAAUAGUGGAUGUUUUAACACCUCACAUAGAACAGAUGUGUGUCAGGGUGAGUGUGCCAUUAUAAUAACUUUUGCCUGGAGAGUCACUGAUCUGAUUUUGACCUUUGUGUCUCCUUGUGCCCUGAUCAUAAGUUUAUAUAUGAGGAUUUUCUAUGUUGUAAAUCAGCAAGUGAAAGUUAUAAACUCACUAAUGAACGGUGGAAAAUCUGUAAUGGACGGUUCAAGGAGGAGGAAAUCUGAGAGCAAAGCUGCUCUGACAUUAGGAAUCAUUGUGACAGUUUAUUUGCUUUGCUGGAUUCCAUACUACAUCUGUUCCAUAUCAGCAGUCUCUUCCACAAUCAUUAAUUUUUUGUCAUGGGUCGUGUAUAUUAACUCUGGUCUGAAUCCUCUGAUCUAUGCUUUAUUUUAUCCCUGGUUUAAAAAGACAGUUAAACACAUCUUAACUCUGAAAAUACUUCAGCCAGCAUCCUCUCUGGUCAAUAUUUUUACAGUGCAUCCAUCGUAA